CAAAUAAAAUCUCUAUAUUACUCUCCUCUAGACUGGCCUGUAUUCAAUGAAGUUGACAACUUGGUUCAUAAUGAUCAUGAAGGCCUCGACAAUCAAAGGGAAUGUGAAAAUGGAGGUGACAGUGGAUACCCAAGUGAAAAGAGGAGUGAACACGAAGACAUGGAUCACAAAGUGCAGUCCAACUGUAACCGAAGACAUGAAAGUGAUGAAGACAGUUUGGGCAGCUCUGCAAGGGUCAGUGUGGAGAAGUGGAAUCUCUUUAACGCGGCCAGAGUCCAUAUCCACAGACCCUCCUGUGUUGCGGUGGAAGUGCAGAGGCUCAACGCUUUGGAGCUGGAGAAGAAAAUUGGGAAAUCCAUCCUUGGGAAGGUUCAUUUGGCCAUGGUUCGAUACCAUGAAGCUGGCCGUUUCUGCGGGAAGGACCAGGAAUGGGACGAAGAGUCGGCAAUUUUCCACCUGGAGCACGCAGCGGACUGCGGAGAGCUAGAAGCCAUUGUGGGGCUCGGGCUCAUGUUCUCUCAGCUGCCGCACCACAUUCUCUCUGAGGUCACACUCAAGGACACCAAGGAAAAUAGAAUCAAAGGAUUUGAUUAUUUAUGCCGAGCAGCAGCAGCUGGAGACCGUCCUGCCAUGAUCCUUGUUGCAAGAGCAUAUGAUACAGGCCUGAAUCUUGCUCCUGACAGAGACCGAGAUUGGAAGGAAGCCCUGCAUUGGUACAAUGCGGCAUUGAACAUGACCGAUUACGACGAAGGAGGGGAAUACGAUGGAACGCAGGAUGAGCCCCACUACCUCCUCCUGGCAAGAGAGGCAGAGAUGCUGAUGAGUGGAGGGUUUAACCUGGACAAAGAUCCACAGAGAUCAGGUGAGCUGUACACCGAAGCUGCUGAAGCUGCCAUGCAAGCCAUGAAGGGCCGCCUGGCCAACCAAUAUUACCAGAAAGCGGAAGAAGCCUGGGCCAUGAUGGAAGAGUGACACUUGAAAAGAGGCUGUUUACUUGUAUAUAUAGCUCAGAUAGAUAUUUUUAAAAACUUAUUUUGUUUGGGGCAAAGGGGGUUGUGACGGGGG